CAGUGGCGGGAGUUGGAGGCAUUAACGGGUGGUGGUUUGAGGGGCCCAAGUUGCGAUUUCUGGUGAACUCGAGGGCAUUUUCACGGCUUUUUCCUCAGCUGAGUCGUUCCUCUGGUCCAGAUGCUCUUCAAUUCGGUGCUCCGCCAGCCCCAGCUUGGCGUCCUGAGAAAUGGCUGGUCUUCACACUACCCUCUACAGUCCCUUCUAACUGGUUAUCAAUGCAGCUGUCAUGAUGAACACACUUCUUAUGGAGAAACAGGAGUCCCAGUUCCUCCUUUUGGAUGUACCUUCUCUUCUGCUCCCAAUAUGGAACAUAUAUUAGCAGUUGCCAAUGAGGAAGGCUUUGUUAGAUUAUAUAACACGGAAUCACAAACUAGCAGAAAGAAAUGCUUCAAAGAAUGGAUGGCUCACUGGAAUGCUGUCUUUGACCUUGCCUGGGUUCCUGGUGAAUUUAAACUUGUUACAGCAGCAGGUGAUCAAACAGCCAAAUUUUGGGACGUAAAAGCUGGUGAGCUAAUUGGAACGUGCAAAGGUCAUCAGUGCAGCCUCAAGUCAGUUGCCUUUUCCAAGUUUGAGAAAGCUGUAUUCUGUACAGGAGGAAGAGAUGGCAACAUUAUGGUCUGGGACACCAGGUGCAACAAAAAAGAUGGGUUCUAUAGGCAAGUAAAUCAAAUCAGUGGUGCUCACAAUACCUCAGACAAGCAAACCCCUUCAAAACCCAAGAAGAAACAGAAUUCGAAAGGACUUGCCCCUUCUGUGGAUUUCCAGCAGAGUGUUACUGUAGUCCUCUUUCAAGAUGAGAAUACAUUAGUCUCAGCAGGAGCUGUGGAUGGGAUAAUCAAAGUAUGGGAUUUACGCAAAAAUUAUACUACUUACCGACAAGAACCCAUAGCAUCCAAGUCUUUCCUGUACCCAGGUAGCAGCACUAGAAAACUAGGAUAUUCAAGUCUGAUUUUGGAUUCUACUGGCUCUACUUUAUUUGCUAAUUGCACAGAUGACAAUGUCUACAUGUUCAAUAUGACUGGAUUAAAGACUUCUCCAGUGGCUAUUUUCAAUGGACACCAGAACUCUACCUUUUAUGUAAAAUCAAGUCUCAGUCCUGAUGACCAGUUCUUAGUCAGUGGCUCAAGUGAUGAAGCUGCCUACAUCUGGAAGGUAUCCACACCCUGGCAUCCUCCUACUGUACUACUGGGUCAUUCUCAAGAGGUCACAUCUGUGUGCUGGUGUCCAUCUGACUUUACAAAGAUUGCUACCUGCUCUGAUGACAAUACACUAAAAAUCUGGCGCUUGAACAGAGGCUUAGAGGAGAAACCAGGAGAUAAACAUACCAUAGUGGGUUGGGCCUCUCAGAAGAAGAAAGAGGCAAGAGCUGGCCUAGUAACAGUAACGAGUAGCCAGAGUACUCCUGCCAAAGUCCCCAGAGUAAAGAGCAGUCCGUCUGUUUCCUCCCCAUCAUCCGCAGCUUGUGCUCCAAGUUGUGCUGGAGACCUUCCUCUUCCUUCAAAUACUCCCACAUUCUCUAUUAAAACCCCUCCUGCCAAGAACCGGUCUCCCAUUAGCAGAAGAGGCUCUGUCUCCUCUGUCUCUCCCAAGCCACUCUCCUCUUUCAAGAUGUCAAUUAGAAACUGGGUGACCCGAACACCUUCUUCAUCACCACCCAUCACUCCACCUGCUUCUGAAACAAAGAUCACAUCUCCAAGAAAAGCCCUCAUUCCUGUGAGCCAGAAGUCAUCCCAAGCAGAUGCUUGCUCUGAGUCUAGAAAUAGAGUGAAGAGGCGGCUAGACUCAAGCUGUCUGGAGAGUGUGAAACAAAAGUGUGUGAAGAGUUGCAAUUGUGUGACUGAGCUUGAUGGCCAAGUUGAAAAUCUUCAUUUGGAUCUGUGCUGCCUUACUGGUAACCAGGAAGACCUUAGUAAGGACUCUGUAGGUUCUACCAAAUCAAGCAAGAUUGAAGGAGCUAGUACAAGUAUCUCAGAACCUCCUUCUCCUGUCAGUCCUUAUGCCACAGAAAGCUGUGGAACGCUGCCUCUUCCUUUGAGACCUUGCGGAGAAGGAUCUGAAGUAGUAGGCAAAGAGAAUAGCUCCCCAGAGAAUAAAAACUGGUUGUUGGCCAUGGCAGCCAAACGGAAGGCUGAGAACUCAUCUCCACGAAGUCCAUCAUCCCAGACACCCAAUUCCAGGAGACAGAGUGGAAAGACAUCACCAGGCCCGGUCACUAUUACUCCCAACUCCAUGCGGAAAAUCUGUACAUACUUCCAUAGAAAGUCCCAAGAUGACUUCUGUAGUCCUGAACACUCAACAGAGUUAUAGAUUCUAAUCUGAGUUAACUGAACUUGAUUCCACUAAAACAAGAUGCAAAGACAUUGACUCCAUAAUUCUGAUCUUUAAGAAAGAUGCCAUCCUUUCAUUUUUUGAGAAAAAUCUUUCAACUCUGAACAAUGCACCUAGUCUGAUUUUACUACCUAGUGUAUAUGCGGCUUCCUCAGAGUAAGUGCUGUGUUUAAAUUUCAUAAAUUUGUCGUUCUGUAGCAUUUUGAAUGAAUAGUCUUUACUUUUUAAAUUAUGCAUCUUUUCUACAAAAAUAACAUCCCAACUUAUGGAGGCACAAAACAGGACAUGUCUCUUGUUAUCCUGAAAUUUCCUUGCAUAGUAGAAAGUGCCUGGCAGCCACAGCACAAGGCCUAUGAGGGCCAACUGCUGAAUAUCUCUAUGGAAUCUCCCUGGAUCUGUCCUGCCUCAAACAAGUAUACUUUUAUUUGAAAUAUAUAAUCUUUUCACUAUGCUUUUGUGGUUUUCUUUAAAUAUAUGUUAAAGUGUGAUAUUCAGAUAAAUACAUCUAUAUUGGUUAAGUGUUUUUAAAAGUCUUUAUGUAAAUGCAGUGAUAAAUGUCAACUCUUUGAAAAAAAUAUGAGAACAAAUAGGAAACUGGGUUCA